UUACACCUCAUUCCCUGCACCACAUCAGAAUCUAUAAAACGAAGUGGCCACUAAUGUCGCUUUCCACAGUUGGUUGGCUGCUGGCGGUUGUCAGUUAUUUCAAAUCUGAGCGGCGUUCUAUUCGACCCAGAAUAAUUUCUAUGAGGCGAUAAGAAAGGAUCUGAUCAUUCAUCUGUGAUACAUUGCAUUAUUAAUAUCUUCUCAAGUGAUGCAAAAAAAUGCACACGGUUAAACAGAUAACACAAGUGAGGUGAUUGUGCAGUUUAAUGACAUGUUCAAUAUGUGGUUUACGUUCUCUGGUUAGUUGUUAUGACACGGAUUUCUCCCUCGAAUCAUACAGCAACUGAGUCUGCAAAGAUUGCUCAUAUCUUCUUAAUCGUUUUGACAUUCAAUCGCAAUGAAAGCCGAUCGUUUCUCGAUAACUCGCAUCAGCAACCACAUUCUUGGGAGAAAAAAGAACGGCAAUCAGUCGAUAGCAACUUUCACGAUUACGGGCGAAAACUCAACGGAUGGCAAUGCUGUAGAUUUUGAUCAUCAGGCCGAUUCCUCCAUCGGAUCAGACUGCAAUGGGCGACGAUACAGUCAUUUCACGAGAGAACCCUUGCCGCGGCUUGAAUAUUACCGCACGUCCAAGCGAGGCUUGAAACGACCAUCGAUAGGGGAGCUACAUGGAGAUCUGGAUAGAAAAUCAGUAUCGAAAGAAACAGAUGAUAAUCCAGUCGCCAUCGGUCAUGGAAUCAAGCUAGGAUGGAUAGAAGGUGUGCUGAUACCCUGCCUACUAAACAUCUGGGGAGUGAUGCUUUUCCUGCGGCUUAGUUGGGUAGUGUCACAAGCUGGCAUCAUCCAAACUCUUAUAAUCAUUGGAGUUUCCUAUCUGGUUUGCGUUAUAACCGCAACAUCGCUAUCCGCUAUUUGCACUAAUGGGCAGGUUAAGGGUGGUGGCAUAUACUAUUUGAUCUCACGUUCACUCGGACCAGAGUUUGGAGCUUCCGUGGGAAUUGUGUUUGCGUUUGCGAAUUCAGUUCAAGCCUCCCUAAAUACUAUCGGUUUCUGCAAUUCAUUGAACGAUCUUCUAAAAUCAUUUGGAGUCAAAAUCGUUGAUGGUGGUGUGAAUGAUGUUCGAAUCGUUGGAACUGUCGCAAUCAUCGUCAUGGUUAUCGUCUGUGCUGUAGGGAUGGAAUGGGAAGCGAAAGCGCAAAAUUUCCUAAUCGUCACUAUCGUGAUCGCCAUUUUCAACUUUCUCAUAGGAGUUAGCUUUGGACCGCAAAAUAGCGAGGAGGUGGCUCGUGGAUUUAUGGGAUUCUCAAUGGACGUAUUCAAAGCGAAUUUGAAACCCGAUUAUCGAUACAGCGAGAACAUGGAUCAAUCGUUUUUCACAGUAUUCGCCAUUUUCUUCCCAAGUGUAACUGGUGUACAAGCCGGUGCCAACAUUUGCGGUGACCUGAAAGAUCCCGCAACAGCUAUUCCAAAGGGAACAUUACUAGCUCUGGUCAUUUCAGCAAUAUCCUACGUAACAUUCGUUUUCUUCGCUGGGGCAGCAGCGGUUCGUGAUGCCUCCGGAAAUGUUACCGAUUUGCUAAAUGAAACGUUUGCUUCAUGCGCUGUUGAAAACAACUGUUCUUAUGGGCUUCACAACGAUUACACCGCAAUGCAGCUGAUGUCUAUUUCCAGUGCCGUCAUUUACGCUGGAUGUUUUGCUGCGACACUGAGUACAGCGUUGACUAAUCUGCUUUCCGUGCCCAGAAUUAUACAAGCAUUGGGUAUCGAUCGAAUCUAUCCGGGUUUGAUUUUUUUCUCCAGAGGAUACGGAAAACACGGUGAACCCUAUCGUGGAUACGCGCUGGUUCUAGUUGUAUCUGUAUUAUUCGUUCUGAUCGCCGAUAUAAACGCAAUCGCUCCGUUAAUAUCCAACUUCUAUCUUGCAUCAUAUGCCCUCAUCAAUUUCUGCACUUUUCACGCCGCCACUGUUAAACCACUCGGUUGGCGUCCAACAUUCCGUUUCUAUCAUCCAUGGCUAAGUCUGGUAGGAUCUAUUCUUUGUAUCGCCAUCAUGUUCCAGCUAGCCUACACAUUCACCAUCAUCACGAUCGUCGUCAUAUUCAUUCUUUACUUGAUAGUGAUCUAUCGGAAACCCGAUGUAAACUGGGGUUCCAGUACGCAAGAGCAAACGUACAAAAGCGCGCUGUCAUCCACUCUGAAGUUACAAACCAUCGGAGAUCAUGUAAAAAAUUACCAUCCAUCGAUUCUCGUUUUGGCAGGGAACCCAAUGAAUCGACCGCCUCUGAUAGAUCUAGCAAAUCUAAUCACAAAAAACCACUCUCUCAUGAUAGUAGGAGACAUAAUAAAGGAACGACUAUCACAUCGAAAGCGACAGGAACUAACUUCUGAGUGUACAAAGUUCUUGGAAGUGCGUAAAAUUCGUGGUUUCUAUCAACCCAUCGAUGGUCUCUCAUUCGAAGAAGGUGUCCAUGCAUUGAUCCAGACAUCUGGUGUCGGAAAACUUUCCCCCAAUAUCGUUUUGAUGGGCUACAAAUCGGACUGGAUGUCGUGUCCUGUGAAGGAUCUGCUGACUUAUUAUAACGUGUUACAUGACUCGUUCGACUGCCGAAUGGCUUUGGCAAUUCUACGUUUGCCCAACGGUUUGGAUUUCUCUCACCUAAACACGGAAAUCGUGUCCUCUCCAGGAGGUUUGCCAGAUUUCAGUGGAAGCCACAUCAAUUUGCAAACGAUCUCUACAAUCAUCGCCGAUGAUGGGCUUACAGUCCCACAGAAAUUAAUGCACGUGGAUUCGAAUUUCAGUUUGGAUUUACUAGCUGGUAGCAAUAACACCACACCAACCACCACCUCACAACAACCAGCUCCUAUUCCAAAUCAAUACAAGGUUCAAGAAUCGCGAGAUAGUAUUAUUUAUUCCACACGAGGAGGAUCGUGUGUUCCUAAGGAAAUUUUAGACCGUCUAGGCAUUUUCCAGCGGAAGCAACCCAAAGGUACAAUCGAUGUCUGGUGGCUUUACGACGAUGGUGGUCUCACUAUGCUAGUCCCAUACAUUAUAUCAAUGAGAUCCAAAUGGUCUCGCUGUAAAAUUCGUGUUUUCGCCCUCACCAAUCGUCAGAUGGAUUUGGAAGCGGAAGAAAGGAACAUGGCCAACCUCCUCAUGAAACUGCGUAUUGAUUACUCCUCACUGACAAUGCUACAAGGGGUCAUGGACCAUCCACAUCCGGAUACUGUCUGUAUGCAUAAUCAUUUGCUGCAGCAUUUCACGGAAAAUGACGGUACCCAGAUCCCGAUCAGCGAAAACGAGCGCCUCGCACUGCAGGAGAAAACUAACCGGCAAUUACGGUUACGUGAAAUGGUCCUCGAGUACUCCAAUAGUGCAAACUUAAUCGUUAUGUCGAUGCCAAUGCCGCGAUUGGGUACCGUUUCCGCGCCACUGUAUAUGUCAUGGUUGGAAAUGCUAACAAAAGAUAUGCCUCCGUUUCUGCUGGUCCGUGGGAAUCAAACAUCUGUACUUACUUUCUACUCUUAAGUUGUUCAAGCGUGAAUUUGUUAUGAUUAGUAUUACAUAGUUAUUAUAAAAAAUGUAAAUUUAGAUGCAGAUAAAAACAGUGGUUCAUUAAAGUUCUCCUUAACUCUUAACCCUUUAGAA